AUGGCCAUCCAGCAUCUCCUCCUCACCGUACUCGUGGCUUCCAUCCUCCAUGCUGCCUCCUCCGCACCAACAGCAUAUGACGUUCUAGAGCAAAACAACUUGCCACGGGGACUCCUCCCGCAAGGGGUGCAGUCGUACGUGCUCCACGGGGGCGAUCUAGGUGUGACCCUCCCAAACGUGUGUGAAUUCUCUGUCUCGGUCGCCGGCAAGCAAUACAAGUUUCGGUACGACAAAGCUGUAGGCGGAGUUAUCCAGUCAGGAUCCCUAACCAAGGUGUACGGCGUGAGGGUGCAGGUGGAGUUCGCGUGGCUUGGGUUCAACCAGGUCCAGCGUGUCGGUGACCAGCUCAACCUCCAUCUCGAGACGUCCACGGUACCAUUCCCUGUUAGCGCCUUCGCCCAGAGCCCAAGAUGCAACUGA